AGGCAUCUAAACUCGUCACCUACCGCUGAUAACUCCAUCUCUUCUUCUCCUUUUAUUAUCCCCACCACCUCACACCCUUCUCAAUAAACUUACCAACAUUUUUCUCAUUUCUUUGGAUUUUCAUUCUCUCUCAUUCGUGCCUUCCACACCCUUUUGCUUGUUUUUAUUUUUUAUUUUUUUGGAGGGUGGUCAAGGCUGGUGCAAGAAAGCUCUUUCUCAGCUUAGAUUUACCCUCACAUUUGCUUCUUGACCCUUUUCCCACUUGCAAAAUCAUCUCUUUUGGGUAUUUAACUGCCCUUUUUGUCACUUGGGUUGAAUUGUUUUCUCUGUUUCCCAAAUGAGGCUUUUUGGUUUGAGAUCUGGGGUGAAGGUUUUAAAGAUCUGAACUUUGAAGGGUUCUUGUUGUGAAUUUUAUCCCAGGAGGUGUAUAGGUUGUUUGUGGUCAUCUGAAAUAGAACCAGAAUGGCGGGUGAUCUUAAUGCUGAAUUGUCCAAGAAAAGUGGUGUUUUUGGUCUAAAAGUGUGGGAGGUAAUUGGGAUUUCUGUUGCAUUAUUCAUCAUAAUUAUCCUCUCUGUAUUGUCGUUUUGUUUAACGUCUCGGAAGAAAUCAAGAAGAGCAAGAAACAACCUUCCUAUUAGCCAAAUACCAGCUGUUUCCAAGGAAAUUAAGGAGGUUAGGGUGGAGCAAGUAUCGACGAGUAAUUUUGUCCCCCGUGAUGGUAUUCUUCUUACAAUUCAUGACAAAUCGAGUGACAAAGAGUCAGAUAAGGUGUUGGUUCAUCUGGGAAUGGGGAAAGGGAAGAAUGGAGAUAAUAGUAGUCAGUCAGGUUCAUUUCAUCACUUAGAUAAAGAUGGAGGGUCUCAAUCAGGUGAUGAUUCGGGCACUUACAGUGUGUACAAGCCUUCUUCUUCAUAUCCCAUUACUGCUCCUUCUCCUCUAGUUGGCCUACCUGAGUUUUCUCAUUUGGGUUGGGGUCACUGGUUUACGUUGAGGGAUCUUGAGCUUGCAACCAAUCGGUUUUCAAAGGACAAUGUCCUUGGGGAGGGUGGAUAUGGAGUGGUUUAUCGGGGGAAUUUGAUUAAUGGCACUCCAGUGGCAGUGAAGAAGAUUCUCAACAACUUGGGCCAAGCAGAAAAAGAAUUUAGAGUGGAAGUUGAGGCCAUAGGCCACGUUCGCCACAAAAAUUUGGUUCGUCUUCUGGGGUACUGCAUUGAAGGAACACACAGGAUUUUGGUUUAUGAGUAUGUCAACAAUGGAAACUUAGAACAAUGGCUUCAUGGAGCUAUGCGUCAACAUGGAUAUCUUACUUGGGAGGCCCGUGUGAAGGUUCUCCUUGGCACUGCUAAAGCUCUUGCCUAUCUGCAUGAGGCCAUUGAGCCAAAAGUGGUUCACCGAGACAUUAAAUCAAGCAACAUAUUGAUCGAUGACGACUUCAAUGCUAAGGUUUCUGAUUUUGGCCUGGCUAAGUUACUGGGUGCUGGGAAAAGCCAUGUCACAACUCGAGUUAUGGGGACUUUUGGAUAUGUGGCUCCCGAGUAUGCAAAUACUGGCCUAUUGAAUGAAAAAAGUGAUGUUUAUAGCUUCGGGGUUGUGCUCUUGGAAGCAAUUACUGGAAGAGAUCCUGUGGACUAUGGUCGCCCUGUCCAUGAGGUAAAUCUAGUUGAUUGGCUGAAAAUGAUGGUUGGAAGCAGGCGGUCUGAAGAGGUCGUAGACCCUAACAUUGAGGUUAGGCCGUCGACAAGAGCCCUAAAGCGUGCCCUUUUGACUGCAUUGCGGUGUGUUGAUCCAGAUUCAGAAAAAAGACCCAAAAUGGGCCAAGUCGUACGCAUGCUUGAGUCCGAGGAAUAUCCUAUAGUAAGAGAGGACCGAAGACACCACCGAAGAACUCAAGGAAGUAUGGAGAUCGAGUCUCAAAAAGAAGGUUCUGACACUGAGCGUAGUGAUAAUCCAGGUUCAAGGUCAGAGAGCAGGCGGACAUAAUCUCAUCGUACAAUUCAUUUCUGGUAUCGGAGGUUGGAGUUUAUAAUGUGUUGGGGUGGCAGGGAUUAAUUCUUACAAUUUUUUCUUUUUUCCUUUUUCAAUGUUUACAUUCUUGUGUUUGUCGUAAUAUUAUUAGCUGUCGAUAUCUAGGCUGUGGGAGAUGGAGGAUGGAGAGGGAGAUGAUCUUUGAUUCUUUUCUUUUCUUUUUUUAAUUUUUUGCCACUAAAUUUGUAGAUGAAGAAAAUGAUUUGUUUGUGUAUGAAAGUGUUGUUAAGAACCCAAAAACCUUUGGGGUGUGUACA